AGCGACGACUAGCAUGUGACAGCCGCGACUUCUCCACUAGCCGGGGCGUAGCGCGACCUAUUGGUUGGGGACCCGCGACAGCUCCAGCGUCAUUCCCUAGUAAUUCUAGCUUCAUCAGUCCAUCAGUGCCUUGCUCCAAGGGCCAGAUGUCCUCGUCUUUCCAAACGCACACAUUCGUUCCCUCACUAUGCCGAAAGACAGAAGACCGCCAACGUCAGGGUAUGCUCGAAUAGCACAGGCCGAGGAGGAAGAGGACUCCGACGCCGCAUCCGAGGACGGGUUCCAUCAAAACUCGCUGCCGAACGGACCAUAUGCCCCCAUACAGCCAUCACGAGGCUCGCGCAUGCGCAUGCCUGGUGAUUCCGCGCCGGGAUCCCCGAAUGCACGUCGAACACCCGCCGGCCGGCGACACCGAUCAAAUUCAGGCGUCGACAUCAAAGCCAUAAACGCUCGCUUUGAACGAUGGGCAGACGAGAUUGCGCAGAAGUUUAAAUUCAAGAAGCAGGCAGAGGGACCCGAUGACGAGCAGCUCGAGAUCCACCAUUCCGUCUUCCAGGCACCUGACGGCGUGCGACCAGCAACGGCAGAGUCGCUGCAAUUCGACUACGAUGGAGCUGGCUCGCCGGAGCGCAUAACAGAGCUACAAUUCGAUGACAUAGUGGAGAGCGUGCGGACGGCAAUUGAGAUGGACAUGCACCCGUUGCUCAUCACACAGGGCAGCUCAGGUAGCUACUUUGCGCGCAAUACACAGGGCAAGGUCGUGGGUGUCUUCAAGCCCAAGGACGAGGAGCCAUACGCGUCACGGAAUCCCAAGUGGACAAAGUGGAUACAUCGCAACUUAUUUCCCUUCUUCUUUGGACGCGCCUGUCUCAUCCCCAAUCUGAGCUACAUCUCCGAAGCCGCCGCAUACGUUCUCGAUACCCAGCUGCGAACAAACAUCGUACCCUAUACAGACAUCGUUGAUCUCUCCUCAAAGUCAUUUUACUAUGACUUCUGGGAGAGACGUGCAUUCUACAAAAAGGGAAAGCCCUUUCCUGAGAAGCCUGGCAGCUUCCAGGUCUUUUUGAAGGGGUUCAAGGAUGCGAACAUCUUUCUGAAGGAGAAUCCAUGGCCCGAUCUACAUGCUUCGAACUUAAACGCUGCAUCUCGUAAGAAGAGGAGACGAUGGACUGAGGAUUGCAGACCGACCGGGCCGCUGUCUGACAACGAAGACGAUGAGGAGCGAACAGGUACACCAGACCACCCGCAUCGACGAGGCUUUUGGACACCUACGUUGCAACAAUCGUUUAGAGAGCAGCUGGAGAAGCUCGUCAUCCUCGACUAUAUUAUGCGCAAUACGGAUAGAGGGCUGGACAACUGGAUGAUCAAGAUCGACCAGAAGACACAAGAAGCAACGAUAGUUGCGGAACCGCCAAAGCUAAGCGAAGAGGAUGUAGAUGAGGAUAUUCCUAGCCAGUAUACACAGCAGUCGAUGUCAGAGUUGGACCCUUACGGACGCAGAGAGCCUAUGAGGGCUUCUAGUCGCUCUAACACACCCAUGCAGAAUGGCCCUACGCCAGGGAUUACGCUCGGCGCCAUCGACAACAGCUUGUCGUGGCCAUGGAAGCAUCCCGAUGCCUGGCGCAGCUAUCCUUUCGGGUGGCUAUUCCUGCCUGUUUCCCUAAUCGGCCAACCCUUCUCCGAGGCCACUCGCAAGCACUUCCUCCCUCUUCUUACAUCGAAACAAUGGUGGAGCGAUACACAGUCGGCGCUAAGGAAGUGCUUCUCUCGAGACGCAGACUUCAAAGAGCGAAUGUAUGCCAAACAGAUUGCGGUUAUGAAGGGACAAGCUUGGAACGUGGUGGAAACACUCAAGACGCCUGAUCAUGGUCCCUUGGAGCUUACACGGCGAGCACGUGUGUGCGUCUGGGACGACAUUGUUGAGAUUCCGAUUGCAGUUCCAUUACGUGCACCCUCAGCGGAGAUGCGACGUAAACAGCAGCCAAGUAAACACCUAAGAUUCGACGAGGAGCACGAAGAGAUGGACAUUACAGCACUCCACACCCCGCCACAAAAACCGCAGCCAGAUCUUCUGAUGAACUCACCUCCCCUCGACUCGGCGCACGAAAACCGCUUCAACCUUACCCGCAACUCUUCGUCGUUCGAUGCUCGGCGCAAUGAUCGCUUCAACAACAGCAACGGCCCGACGUCACCCGCAACGGUCAAUGAUGUACCGUGGGCGAGUCGGAAGGCACCUGAGUCCAACGGUAGGCCUGCGCACCGUUCCCGCAUGAGCCACGAAAUUCCCCGUCGUGACAGUGGCAGGCGUCACCGUCGUUUCUCCCUCAAUCUACGCAGAGACGACUAUGAUGAAGAUGAGGGCGAUUUAGGUUACGCAGCGAAUGAGGACAUGGAGGGCAACCGCAAGAAGGUCAUCGUAGAGCGGCUUGAGAUGGUGAAGGGCAGAAACCCGGUGUUCACGUGGUGUUGAUGAAGAUGUCAAUGACGAUACUUGAUAUGGAUAUGAAGGAAGGGAUGCAAUUUGCAUAGCGGGCGUUGGAUUCGGCGUUUUGCAUGAUGGCGUUGGGUCGAUGCAACCUUGUAGCAACAUCAUACGCUGUUGUAGUAGCACAUACACUUCGAGGCAGCGAACGACUCGCCUCCUAGUCAGAAAAUACCGCGGUACAGCUUCACCACCAUCAAGCGCGUGCCGAAACGGCGAAAGAUUCGUGAGGUCUGGCGUUCCGAUUCAGGUUGGUGUGAACGCCUCUAGGAUUUCGUGGGUGCAGCCUCGGGCAGGUGCAAAGAUCAGUACGUCAUGUGGUCUCUCCGGCAGGCAGAAACGUGUGGGUCCGUGUGGCUAGUGCCAUCUUCAACAGAACGUGAAAGUCGACCAUGUACAUCUAG